GCAAGAAAUUAGAAAUGGAUAAUUCGACCAAACCACACACUUUACAUCAACAAUGUUAAUGACAAAAAUUAAAAAAGAAGAAUUGAAGAGGUCUUUAUAUGCACUGUUUUCUCAGUUUGGCCAUGUAGUAGACAUUGUAGCUCUAAAGACAAUGAAAAUGAGAGGACAAGCCUUUGUUAUAUUUAAAGAGCUUGGGUCAUCCACCAAUGCCUUGCGACAAUUACAAGGCUUUCCAUUUUACAGUAAACCAAUGCGCAUUCAGUAUGCAAAAACAGACUCGGAUGUAAUUUCAAAAAUGCGUGGCACAUUUGCUGAUAAGGAGAAGAGGAGAGAGAAAAAGAAAACUAAGGCCUUGGAACAGUCUGCCAAUGCUGCAAACAAAAAGCCAAACCAGGGAGCAAAUCAGAAUUCAGCAAAUAGCCAAGCAAAUUCAUCACAGAAUCAGCAGGUGCCGGAUAAUCCACCAAACUAUAUUCUUUUCCUCAACAAUUUGCCAGAAGAGACAAAUGAAAUGAUGUUGUCAAUGCUGUUUAAUCAGUUCCCUGGUUUCAAAGAAGUGCGGCUUGUCCCUGGCAGACAUGACAUUGCAUUUGUGGAGUUUGAAAAUGAAGGACAGGCAGGAGCAGCUCGGGAUGCCCUCCAAGGAUUUAAAAUUACCCCUUCACAUGCCAUGAAAAUUACUUAUGCCAAGAAGUGAUGGAAACGAGUCAUGAUCUUCAAAGGACUUGCUCUUGUUUUUCUUUAAAUAAGUUACAUUUUCUUAUUUGUUUUCUUUUGAUAGAGUGAGAUGUGGUUCCUUAUUUAUAAGGAAAAAUUCUUGUGCAAAGUUGUUAGACAUCAACAGACACCUGUAAGAAUUCUUCAUACAUUUAAGGAAUGCUAACAGCAUAAGAUGGAAAUUGUUAAAUUGUGUUUUAUGUACAUAGAUCAGUUUUAUAUACUGUGACCUUAUGUUCUUCACAAUAAAGUUGCCUAUUUGCAAAUAAAGCUGCAUUUUAUUUCUUAA